AGUAAUUCUUAUAUAUUUUCUCCUAUUCCUUCACUUUUACACUUCGAGAGAGAGUUUUGGUUGUUCUGUUGUAUACUGGACUUUUAAAGCCUUAAAGAAAGUAAUUCUGUCCACACCUCAGAAUUUUCUUGUUUUCUAUAAUCUUCUUUUCUCCUAUUUGUCUAUCAGUUCAUGCUCUUGCGAAAGAGCAAAUGUUCUUCUCUGCCUCUUCUAUCAAUGCUAGAGAUUCCUUAGGCUAUUCCUGGCACUCUGAAGGUGCCCACAAGCACCACUGGCCUGUAAUGCCUGCUUCUCCUGUUAUUCAUCCUAUACCUUUGAUGCCGAAUUCAGUCGUACCUCCUGCUCCUGUAAUGGUGAAUUUGGAUACUGUCCCAUUCCUUUGUGUCUAAGCUGGUGCCUAUAGGGGAUCUCACCAAACCUGUUGCGGAAUUCGAUGAAAUGACAGCAAAACUCCAGUUCAUGAAGGUGAAAUCCAUGCAAAGCUCUCAGGCUUAUAUGGUCCAGUUGAUUUCUCUCCUCUUUGCUAUUAUCCAAGCAUUCAAGUCCAAUACAAGUUCCAGGUGCUU